AUGGGCGCGGUAUUCGCGGAUGACGGCCAGCAUGUGGAUGUGUCUCUGAUGGAGACGCAGGUUGGGUCGAUAGACCGUAGGAUGAGCAUGCUGCUGGCAUACCAGUACAAUGGCGAAAUCUCCAAGCGCAGCGCUACAGCCACCGCGGGCGGUUAUCCCAACGGCGUUUUUAUCUGCCUCGACGGCUAUGUGCAGAUUGCAGGGGGGCGUAACUACUUCGACCGCGUUGUGGCUAUGAUGGGCGCCCCCGAUGUGCUGCUUGAAGAACGCUGGUACGCUCCUGAAGCGCAGUAUGACCCUGAACUUGAGGACGAAUUCGAUGCGUACUUCAUUUCCUGGUGUCUGGAACGAACAAAGCAGGAAAUCUGGCAACUGGCUCAGGAAUCGCGCGUGCUGAGCGCACCGAUAAACACAACAUCAGACCUUGUGGACGAUACACAGUUUCGGCAGAGGGGAGCUUUCGCAGAGUUCGACCAUCCUGUCGCGGGCACACUGUUAUAUCCUGGAAGACCGUUUGUAAUGAGCGAGUCGCCUUGGAGCAUUCGGCGACCCGCGCCGCUGCUAGGGCAGCACACGGAUGAGGUGCUGGGCGCGCUCGGAUAUUCUGACGCAGACAUUGCCGCGCUUCGAGCUCAGGGCGUCAUAUAG